AACCCAGAACUCAUCCACCCUUUCUCCCCAGAAAAAACCCAAUUCCACCCACAUCCCCUUUCCAAUCCUCUCUCUCUCUCUCUCUCUCUCUCUCUCUCUCUCUCUCUCUCUCUCAUUCCAUCAAAUUCCUUUCCCAUCCAAACCCCAAAAGGCCUAUUUCCUCAAAUCCCUCUCUCUACAAAAUGGCAAUCCCCUGCCCUCAACACCCCUUUUCUUCAAAUCCCACCAUUGAAAAAACGCCAACAAUCCUAUCCCAUUCCCCUCCCCGCCUAUCCCAAGACGAUCUCAAGAAGAUUGCCGCCUACAAGGCCGUCGAAUUCGUCCAAUCUGGCAUGGUCCUCGGCCUUGGAACGGGCUCCACCGCCACUCACGCCAUUGCCCGAAUCGCUGAUCUUCUCAACCAAGGCCAUCUCUCCAACAUCAUUGGAAUCCCCACAUCCAAGCAGACAGAGGAGCAAGCAAUCCGCCUUGGAAUCCCCCUCUCCGACCUCGACCACCACCCAAUUCUCGAUCUUGCGAUCGACGGCGCCGAUGAGGUGGACCCACAUCUGAACCUUGUCAAGGGCCGCGGUGGGUCCCUCCUUAGGGAAAAGAUGAUCGAGGGCGCCUGCAAGGAAUUCAUCGUCAUCGUCGACGAAUCAAAGCUGGUAGAUAGCUUGGGCGGCAGCGGCUUGGCGAUGCCGGUCGAGGUGGUGCCUUUCUGUUGGAAGUACACGGCGGAUCGGCUCCAGGCCUUGUUUGAACGGUCAGGAUGCGUCGCAAAGCUGAGGAAGUCGGCCGACGGAUCCAAGCCGUUCGUUACCGACAAUUCGAAUUAUAUAGUGGAUUUGUAUUUCCAGAAAGGGCUUGGGGAUUUGAAUGCCGCCGGCGAUUCGAUUUCGAAACUGGCGGGAGUUGUGGAGCAUGGAAUGUUUAUUGGUAUGGCGACUUCUUGCAUUGUUGCCGGAGAGAAUGGAGUUACUAUGAAGCAUAGGUGAGGUUAUAUCUGAUUAGUAAACGAGAAUUAGAUCCAGACUGUUCAUCUGAUGGGUCCUUCGGUGGAUGGACCACAUGCAGAAAAUUACACUGAUCAAAUGGUCUCAGCCGUUGAUUGGAGGACUUUUGCUAGUUGAAUGGUAAUCAUUGGUUAAACUUUUUUUUUU